AUGGGACACCCAGGAAGACCAAGGCGUCGUAAUAAAAUUAUACCACCCCAUCAGCAACCACAAGUAGCGCAACCAAGGCAGCCAAUAAAAGAAGAGCCGAUGGUUCAGUUACAUGACGAAGCAGAUUUAAUUUCAUUUAGAUCUGAUGCAUUACAUAGAUUCGUCACUAACCAAGAAUACUUGGAAAAUGUCACGUCAAAACACAUUCACACGUCUAAAAUAAUCCCACCUAGCUCAUUUCCUACGGUACCUAAACGAGAGGAUGUUGAUGGAGAUGAACUAAAGAAAGUAGUGCAGAAUUUAAAGCCCGAGGAAUUAUACUUUGGGGAUUUAAAAUUAAUGAAGAUGAAGAAGCAGUUGUUGGAGCUGGACAUUAGCAAGUUACAGCACGAAGAAUCUCCCUACUCUAUUGAUAGUGAUAAAGAAUACACAUAUCGCAGAGAAAAUAUCGAUAAACUUGCCUUGCUCCAAUCUAAACUAGGAACUAGCGAGUCGUUCGAAGAGUUGGAAGCUGUGUUCAACAGUGUUUUAGAGAAAUACGAACACGAAUUCAGCAAGAAGUAUACAUCCAUAUCAUCAGUGCACAAACAUUCACAACCUAUAAACAACUUGACGCACCAAGAGAUUCGUGUCACCCAGGCACCCGAGAAUUACAACCCUAGGCUGAUUAGUUCCUUGGUGAGUAUCAACAAUAACGACAAAAAUAAUAACCAGAAUGAUGAUGAUGAUAAUAUAUUUGGUCAUGAUGUCAACUAUGAUGGAAACAGAAACGAUAUGCCCUUCAUUGAUGGCUUUGAACAAUCCAACCAACCUAAUGAGUUUAAUUCCAAUGGUCCAUCUGCUAUUUCCAAUGAUUUUACCAUGUCAAUGGUUGCUAAUAAUAACCAAAAUACAAAUGAUGAUGACAAUAAUAAUAAUAAUAACAAUAGCAAUGAUGAUAUUGACCAGCUAUUCGAUGAAGAUAACGAUGAUCCUGUCAUGGGAAGUACUAAUGACCAAGAAAUGGGUGAUAUUGAUGAGCUAAUUGACUUUCAACAAGCAGACGACGAAAUUAUUGGGGGAACUGAUUUCGACCAAGACUUCUUGAACCAGAUUGACCACAGCAUGGAAUAG